AUGGCUUGGUUCCUCGACUUUGUGAAACGCGUCUCCACCCCUUUCAACUCGUCCGCGGCCCCUGUCACCACUGAAAGCCAGCCUAUAAAGUUUGGAAUCCUUGGAGCAGCUGCUAUUGCUCCUCCGGCACUCAUCUCUCCCGCAAGCACCCACCCAGAAGUUCAGGUUUAUGCCGUCGCUGCAAGGGACCAGAAGAGAGCCGAGGCGUUUGCAAAGAAGUAUGGAAUUGAGAAGGCUUAUGGAGGUUCUACAGGGUAUCAACAACUCCUUGAUGACCCAGAGGUCGAAGCCGUUUACAACCCUCUACCCAAUGGUCUUCAUUACGAGUGGACAAUGAAGGCUCUGGCAGCCGGGAAGCAUGUUCUUCUCGAAAAGCCAGCAGCUUCGACGGCAGAGGAGACGCGUGAAAUGUUCAAGCUCGCAGAAAGCAAAGGCCUCAUCCUCAUGGAAGCUUUCCACUACCGAUUCCACCCUGCAGUGCAAAGACUCAAAGCGAUCGUUGAUGGCGGGGAACUUGGUGCUGUGAAGCAUAUCUCGACUAGUCUCGCCAUUCCCAAAGGCAUCAUGGGGCCUGGAGAUAUCAGGUACAAGUAUGAGUUGGGUGGAGGUGCGCUCAUGGAUAUGGGAUGCUACACCCUGAGCUGUCUGCGGUACCUAUCCUCUUCCGAGCCGAUUUCUAUAGAAUCCGCUACUCACGAGGUUUACGUGCCCCCUUCCCCACCAUCAGAUUACGUCCGGAAUGUGGACCGCAGAACGGUUGCCGAGCUCCUCCUUCCAAAGGGCGUUACGGGCACUAUCACUUGUGAUCUGGCCAUGCCCCCUACCCUCGGGGUCAUUCCAAAGAUACCACAGAUCAGCGCUGUGGUAAAAUGUGAGAAUGGGGAGGUUGAGUUGUUCAACUUUGUCGCGCCUGCGAUGUAUCAUUGGCUUAAAGUAAAAGUGGUUGACGGGAAUGGGAAAGCUAAGACGAGGACAGAGAAGGUGUACAAGUUUGAGGGAGAAGAGAAAGGGAAAGAAUGGUCUACGUAUCGGUAUCAGUUGGAGGCGUUUGUGGACCAAUUGAAAGGAAGAACGCCGCAGACGUGGAUUACAAAGGGGGAUUCUGUGGCGAACAUGGAAUGGAUUGAACAGAUUUACGAAAAGACGGGAUUAGGGAGUCGACCCAAGUCUAGAGUGACGUCGUGA